AACAAGCCAGCGAAUUAACUUGUUUGUUCUGUUGCCCUCUUAUUAUAAUUCAGAAAUUACAAAUAUCUCUUCUUAUCCUUUCCUCAUCACUAGAAACCUGUAUUUGCACAAGCCUUACAUUUUCAUCAAUCAUAUCACUCAACCCAAUCACCAUUUCAAAAUGAAGAAAAUGGUUGCAAGAAUUGCAUGCUUUUCUGCUUUCUUUCUUUUCCUGUUAGAUUGCAAUGUAACGGCACGUUCCUUGCAGUAUGACGACAGUGAACAGGUUUCAGAUGGAGUUAGCAAUGUUGUAGAUAACAAUGAGGGAUCUUUGUUACUACCUCUCAAAGGGUCACAUGGUUCUGAAGAGCAAUGUGAGCAAAUGUAUGGAUUUUUGCCUUGUUCAAACAAUCUUCCUGGUCAUUUAUUUCUCAUCGUGGUGUACGAAUACCUAUUAUAUCAUGGAGAAUCUUAUGCUGGUGGUGAUGGCCGGAUUUUUGGUGUUCUUGGCAAUAACUUUUUCGGUGCAAGUGUUUUCCAGCUUCUUGAUUCGCUACCUGAUUCUCUGAUUCUUCUUGCAUCUGGACUGUCGAGUAGCAAAGAAAAAGCUCAAGACUAUGUUGUAACUGGUGCUGGGCUACUAGCUGGAUCAUCAAUAUUUCUCCUCACCCUUCUAUGGGGAGUGUGUCUUAUAUGUGGGAGGAGAAUGUUCUAUGCAAAACCUGAUUCUAAAGUAAAAAACAAAGGGAUACAACUAUUAACUGGUUCUGGAGUUGUUACAGAUGCCGAAACAAGUUAUCAUGCCAAAGUCAUGUUCUUUUCACUUGUUCCGUUUCUAGUCAUCCUAUUACCUAGUGUAUUUGGUUUAUCGUAUUCUAGUCAAGGAUUUGAGAUUGCUGUUCUUGUUUCACUUUGUGUUUCGGUUAUUUGUUUAUUCACUUACUUCAUUUAUCAGCUUUUUGACGAACGGAUUCAGAAAAGAAGACUGGAGUAUGCAGAAGUUGAAAGAAAAGUUGAAUUGCAUGUACCAUUUUAUGAAGUACAAUCACUUAUGUUGGAUAGGGAAAAGAAUCUCAUGCUUAGGCAAAAAGAGAUGGAGAAAAUGAUGAAAUCUCCGGAGAACCGCAAUAAAACAAUGACCAGGGAAGAAUUCUGUGAUAUGUUUGAUGAUUGGUUAGAUGUCACAAGACAGUUGAUGGAUGAUCCGUAUUCACUAGAUAAAUCAGGGACAGAAUAUAAUGAGGUUGCCAAACUGUUACUUGAAGAUAAAAACCAACUGAUAGAACUAAUAUCCCUUAUGAUAGACCGUGCUUCGGGACAAAAAUUGCUUAAACAAGAUGGUGCACAAGAUGAAUAUGCCAUAGAUAGAUUCUUUGAACGUAUUGACACGAACCAAAACGGAUUUAUUUCAAAAUCUGAACUGAAAAACUUCAUCAUGGAAGUCAACUAUGAGGAGAUAUUGAUGGAUGACGAGAUAGCAGAGAUCAUAAUGAGACACUUAGACAUUGAUGGAAAUGGAAAUAUUGAUAAACAGGAGUUCAUAUCCGGGUUUACAAAAUGGCUCAAAGAGAUAGAUCGCGCAACGCGGACCCAGAAAAAGCUGUCACAUGCUAACAAUAGAGAAACAGAUAGCUACAAACGGGCUGAGGCAAAGGCAAAAGAAAACGAAAAGUUGAAGGCAAUAAUAUUAUUGAUACUUGGAAUCUUUAUGCUAACAGUCUUGGCUGAGCCACUAGUGGAAAGUGUUAGAGAAUUUUCAGAAUCUGCAGAGAUAGAGCCUUUUUAUGUGUCAUUCAUCUUAGUUCCAUUGGCUACCAAUGCUAGAACAGCCAUUGCAGCCAUUAGAGCUGCGAAUCAGAAGAGACAUCAAACAACAUCUUUAACUUUUUCUGAGAUAUAUCACAAAGUGUUCAUGAAUAACAUCCUGGGAUUUUCUGUUCUUGUCUCGGUGAUAUACUUCCGCGGAUUGACAUGGCAUUUCUCAGCUGAGGUUCUUGUAGUAAUUAUCGUUUGUGUCAUCAUGGGGCUUCUUGCAAGUGUUAGAUCCAAGUUUCCAUGCUGGACAUUGCUCAUCGCCGUCCCUCUCUAUCCACUAUCUUUGGUCGUAGUUUACUUUGUUGAUGAUAGUUUCCGAUCUACUUGAAACUUGAGCAACAUUAAUAUGCCUAGUAGAACUUUUGUAGUACUAAAGGAGUUGAAGCUUCUUAGAUAUUUCAAUUUGUGCCGAGGCUGAACCUGUAUAGGUUCCUUCAUGUACUUAUGUUUAAAUAUUUCAUGCACAUUUUAUAUGUGGUGUUAUCUUUAUGUUACAGUAAGCAUUUGCGCAAG